AUGAAACUAUCCCUCGCCCUCAUGCUCUCCUCCGCAGCCAUAGCAAUGGCCCUAUCCCAACAAGGCGGCGACGAAGGGGACGCGAGCGGAAGUGCGCCUGCUAUGCGUGAAGCGCAAUUAGAAAGGAAAUCAGGAGGACAGUCGAGCCCGAGCAGAGAGCAGGGAGAUCUUAAACCGGGGUACAACUCGCUCGGACUCGAUAAACUCAUCCUCAACCCCGUCGCCGACGCUAUAGGCAGCCUUGUUCCCACCCCCUCGUCGUCCUCGUCCCCAUCUGCGUCUCCGUCUGCCUCGGCCUCGGCCAAACCGGCUCCGUCGCCGUCGGCAGCUGCGUAG